GCGUCUCGCGCGGUUUCGUUUUUGUUUGGAUUUCUCUCGCCUUUUGCUCUCUCUCUUGUUGUGUUGUUGGAAGGACCACGUUGCUGCAGCACCAUCAACACCAGCCAGCAUGCAGCAUUUUCCCUCUGCAUGUCUACCCACCUUUCCACGACAGGCGAAGCAAGCCCCAUCUGUUCACGCCAAUCGUUCACACACACAAUCGUUCACACACACAACCCUCUCCACCUCGAAAAGUCAAGCAAGCCAAGCGCUCUCAAGUCAUUGAUUGUUUACAUUUCUUCUGAACCAGUCAGCUCUCUGAAGCUCGAAGACCACUUCACAUUCCACACUCCUCAUCUCCUCAUCUCCUCAGAGCCAACUGUACCUCCACUUACUUGUCAAACAAACACAAGCAAAGAAGCAACCCAGAGGACAUCCAUCAACCUACUCCAUCCACAACGUCGCACAGACGACGAACCACAAUGCGCAAGGACGAGAAGACCAAGGCCAUGAGCCGGGCAUGGAGCGUGGACGCUCCCGAGCUCACGGUCUCUACACGAAAGCCCCACAACGUCGCAGAGCGCUUUGCAAGGAAACCAGAGCCGUUGACCAUGCCAGCGCUUGCGGUCAAGACGCGGCGGGCUGAGCGUCGCCGCCAGCACCGCCUGCGCGACAGACAGCAGCGUGCAAAGCGCACGGACACCAAGGGUCGCGUGGAGUCGCACAAGCGCCUGCUGAAGCAGGAGCAGGCGCAACGGGCCUCCGCGCUAGCCAUGCUGCUUGACUCCGCAGCACAACGCCGCCAGCAGUUGCUGGACCAGAAGCGCGCCAAGUGCGCCAUGCACCUGGAUAAGGCCCAGGCCGUGCGCAAGCAGCAGGAAACGGCCCAGGAGCAGUGGCGCGCACACUGCGCCCACCGCCUGCUGCAAAAAGCGAAAACCGCCCGUCGCCUGACCACAAGCAAAGACUUGGCGGCCACGCGCAUCCAGCAGUGGUUUCGCGUGCAGACGCUGGUGCAGGCGUGCAAGCGGCUGCAGACACAGGCCAUUCUGCAGGAGGAACAAGGCAGCGAGGCGCCGAGCUUUGAGACGGUCACGCGUGAGAUUCAGGACGAGCAGGUGUUGAGCGAUGUGGAGCACAUCCUGCACGUGCUCGCCCUGCCAAAGGCCAAGAAGGCCGCCGCUGCCGCCGCCGCCGCAGCAGCAGCAACAGCAAGCAAGACCACGACGACAACAACAGUUUCAGCAACACCAACAGAAACAGCAGCUGACCAGGCAAAGGAGGCGUCAUCGAAGAAGCCGACAGUGGCUGAGACAACUUCAACACCGCCGCAAUCGCGCAAGCGCAGCGCGUCCAAAGCAGGGAGGGGCGCAGACACGGAUGCAGACAGCGCAGCGACGCGCCAGAAGAAGGCGCUGAGAUGGCGCGUGCGUAUCGUGCUGUCGGCCUUCCUCAUCACCCAUCACCGCGAGGCCGUGCUGAUGACGAGGGAUGAUGCCAUGGAGCGUCAUCUCUUCGACUGCGCAUCCACACUCGUUGCCACAUUCCGCCGCUGGCUGCAGCAUGUGGUUGACGCCGGCCACCGCGCGCGAAAGUAUGCGCACAUUGCCGACAGUGAGCUGACACGCGCCAUUCGGCACCACGUGCGCGCAUUCCAGGCGUGGCAGUCCAAGGACCUUGACUCCCUGGCGCAGAGCCUUGUGGAUCAUUACAAGGAGCUGCUCAGCCUCAAGUCUGCCGUCGGUCGCCACAAGCGCUCCCGCAGCGAAUGGCACCCGCACAUCGACGACCAGCUGACGAUGAUUGAAACGCGCAUGGAGUCUUUGGGUGCACAGGAGAAAUUGCACGAGUGUUUGGCAGCAAAGGAAACACACAUUCAGCGCCAGGAAGAGCGGCGCCGUGCUGCUGCGCGCGCAAAGGCGACGGUGAUCGGGACCCGUGACAGCGCGGACACGACGCCAAAGCCAACCAGCCCCGAGCACGCUGCCCACCGCGAACGCAUCGAGCAGACGACGACAGCAAGUAGCGCAGCGGCGUCCAUGGCCACAAGCGGUGCGGGUUCAUCUGCAGGCAGCAGGAGCACCAGCACAAGCAGCUCCGAGCAUGACGGCAACGGCGACGGCCGUAGCAGUGAUCAAGACAGCAGCACAGGUGCCAUGAAGCAGGACAGCGAGGAUGAAGACAAGCAUCAUGAACGCCCGUCGACACCACCAUCACCAUCAACCACGAGAAAGCCGGCAGCACCCGCCUCCGAGAGUGGCAGUGAAGGCAGCGAUGCUGAGGAUGCGGACGCAGCAAUGGCGAAACAGCUGGCAGCAUCGUGGGAUCUCGACUUCCUGCACAACGUGUGCGUCGACCCGACAUUCCGCUUGACCAGCGACCGCGAGCUGCGGUUCUAUCACGAAGAGUACCCGGCACACCCACCGGCACACGUGACCAUCCCAUCAGCGGCAGCAACAACAACAGCAGCAACAACAACAACUGGUGCACACGCGAAUGGUCCACAGGGAGACAUGGCAUACCUUCGCCGUCGCAUUGACUUCAUCUCCCGCAAGGCGCUCAUGGAUCAGCUACAGCAAGAACUGGAGGCCGAUGGCUCUCCGGACGUGACGCGAUGGGUUCCCAUCCUGCGCGACCUUGUCGACCGGCUGUGUGCGGCCACGCUGCCACGCCAGCAGCGACUGCGCGACACGAUUCGGGAGCAGAUGGACGCGGAGAACACGGCGGCUGCCCUGCGUGAUCGCUUCAUGACAGCUGAUGAUGUGAAGGCGUUUGUGCUCAAGUACAUCAAGAUGCUCGCGGCGCCCUCACGCGACGAGCGCGUCGCACAGCUUGAGGCGUCCGGCAGCACUGCGGAGUUUCUGUUCAAUGCAUUUGCGCUUUUGGAAGCAAUGCAACUCGAUCUUGCCAACUACAUCCUCGAGACAUACCGGCCUCUCAUCCUCAAGUACGGCGCCCAGCUUGAGCGGGAUCGCAUCCAAUCUCUCGUCUUCUCUGGCGCCCUCACCUUCGACAACACGGAGAAGUGGCUCGCAGCCGCUGUCAGUGAGGCUGGUGUGUGUGCAAGCGAGCCCUAUGUGGCGGCGACAACAAACACGCUCGAGUCAACAGCAGAGGCGGCCCAGAAGAUGACGUUUUCCGAACACUUUUUCGUGGCAACAGAGCGGCUGCUCUUCUCAAAGGAGUGCGACGAUGCCUUUCCAGAGACGCUCGUGGCGGAUCAACCGCUCAUCACAACAGCGCGGCAGGAGCUGAGUGCAAUAGCACACACGUGCGCACUGUACACUCUCAUUUCACACAAGGUGCACCGCAUCAAGCACAACCAGGACAUUGCAAAGGAGUUCCGGGAGCUGAUGCUAGGCGCGUUCAUGACCGAGGGAUGGACGAAUGGUCUCGAUGAUUCAUCGCACCGCCGCAUGUGCACGUUUGCCAUCAGCGCCAUCAACAAACACCUGCAGCCCAAACUCACGCAAGAGGAGGAGGCCCGCAUCCGAGACGAGCCGUUUGGCGCCGGCGCCCCCGUCCGCCCUCCUCACCAAGCGCGUGCGCGAUGAAUACCGCCGCGUCAUCCGCGCACCAUCUCCAACGCAGGCCGGCCUUCGCGCCAACAACGGCCUUGACCUGUGCAGCCCGCGCCUGCACGCCGUGUUCCUUCGCCUCGCACGUGCGUUUGACCACAACCGCCACGUGUACGCGGCCGUGUACGACGGCAUCAUUGCCAAUGCGGUGCAGCCGCCAUCACCAGCCUCAGCUGCCACAGCCUCGACAACAGCAGCAACAACAACGACAACAACAAAGGCGAAUGACAAGGGCAGCGCCAACUGAUGUGUUCGUGCUGAUGCGCCUCUCUGCACUUGCUUGGCUGCGGGUUUUUCGUUUUGCUUUUGAUUGUUCUCCUAUGGGUGUGUGCUGUUGUGUGCUGCUGUGAUUGUUCAUACAUUUCUGUUCACCUACGUGCUGUGCUGUUGAGUUUUCCCACUUGCCUGGUUUGAUGGUUGCAUGUCCUUGUUUUCCAACUCUCAAAGUGUGGUUGCUUAAUCCCAAUACAACGUAACGAGAGGACAGGAGAAGAGAAGAA